AUGAAUUUGAAUAAUUCAAAGUUUAUAUCAAAUAUUGAAAAGGUUACAUUAGAAUCUUAUUUGUGGAGACCUUCAGUCCUUUCAACAUUGACAUCUUCAAUUAAACAUCUUAAUAUUCAUUUGAGUGAUCCAUCAAAAUUUCUAUCAGAUUUAAUUCAAUCAAAACCUCAACUUUUGUCUCUUACAAUUCAAUGUUUAAAUGGAAAAUUUUCUUUUUCAAAUGAUACUUUUAAAUUAUUUCCCAAUUCAUUAACUUCAAUUAAAUUUGUUUAUUGUGAUUUCUUAAAAUCGCUACUUAAUAUUUCUACACCAUUAAAAAUUAAAACUUUAAAAGUAGUUGGUAAAAUCAAAGGAAUUACUUUAUUAAUUCAGAAAGUUGGUUCGUAUUUAGAGCAUUUAGAGUUAGACAUUAGCAGUGCUUCAGACAAAUAUAAAACCACUGAAAGCAUUGCAAAUUAUUGUGACAAAAUUAAAUUUUUAUGCAUAAGCUUCGAUGAAGGAAAUGAACUUUAA